AUGGCCUUGGAGGUAGCUGCGAAAAAUAUGGAGGGUUCGAGGGUCGAUGAGGAAUGCGGGUGCUAUGUGGAAGCGAUCGAAAUUCGAGGCGAAUCGCCAACAGCAGAAGCGAAACAGUGUUUGCAAUCUUGCAAGGACCAGUUUCUGGAGACGGUGUCGAUCGACCACGAGACCCCCGAGGGCUGGAAAUACGUUUGCAAGGAUCUGACGAGCACGACACCCAGCUCUCGAUUUUGGUCGCUAUAUUGGUGCGACGCAACGUUUUGCGGAGUCUGGAUAAACCAGACGGGGGGACUGCAACAAGACCAUGGCAGCAUUGGAUUUCACUCGGUAUUAGACCCCGGACCACCACCCAGGGACUUUGUCUGCCAAACCAGCGAAGGAGGAGCUGGGCCUUGUUCACGAACACGCGUCAAGAUUAACCCCGUGUCGACCCCGUCCCCACCGGUGGUUCAAGAACCGAUAUCCAUCCCCUCGACUUCUGGAAGCGCAACGUUUUCAAGCGCAACUGCGCCUCUGUCUUUAUCAACGUCCACAGCAACACCAAGCACAACUGACGAUGUCUCUCUCAUAACGGACCCAUCAUGGUUAUCAGCAACACCAGCCCGGCCCACGGUUGCCGGGUCUUUUGGUGUAAACAACGGGACUACAACAUCCAAAGGCGGGCUCUCCAUGGGGGUUAAGGCCGCAAUCUCGGUAUGUUCGGUUACCGGGUUCAUCGUCAUGGUUGCUUUGGCCUUUUUAUGCCUGCAAAGACGAAAGAAGCACCGGUCUGGCUUAGAUGACGUCCGGGGACGGUCUCGCUCGAGGUUAGAUAACGGGAUUGCUCCUAGGGGUUCGCCCACGCCGCUAAUUGCGUCCAGCCACGAUUCCAGGCCGCUGAUACCCCCUCUCCGCCUACGGGACCGCAAGCUGCUCCCUUCGAUCCUACGUUCGGGCCACAACCAGUCACCUUCUCCGCCCCUGACGCCGCUCACCCCGGCACACAGCCAUGGCGGCGGCCACUCCAGCGUCAUGUUUCCGUCGUCACCGAUAACAUCGCCCACGACGAACAAGCUCGUACCGCGGCACGAGCGCACACCAAGGGUUCACGGCACCACUGGCAGUCUUCCUAGUCUACCGCCCCCGGCCUUGUUUGGGAUGCAUGGUUCUGGCGCGCCCGGAAGCCGGGGAAGUCUGAGUAGCUUCGGAGCAGGCUCGACAACAGGGCCGUCAUCUUUACGGAACGAAGCGUUUUCCUUUUCUCGAACCACGUCUCCGCCGCCCACAUCACCAACACGCCCUCCGCGACCGCAUGAGGGGCCGCUGGAGAUACCGGACUUGGUAAAACCAGCAUCGUUCCCAUUCGGUUCACGGAUAAAUCGAUCGGUCCCAUCAGCGCCGCCGCCGCCUAUUUCGCCGCUAUCACACACAUCAUCCUUGGCUAUGGGUGUGAGCCCAAUGUGGAACCAAGCGCGGGCUAUCUCAUCGCCAAGGGAUGAACGAGACUCUGGUGACCAUGACGCUAUUGGGGAGUACUCGGGCCAAGACCGUGGCAGCUGGGGGAGCUGGAGCGACAAUGGCUACGGAUACAGUUACGGCAACGGCAACGGAAGUGGGAAUGGUGCGAAUGGAAGCGGAAACGGGAGCGGAAGGAAAGUGACCAGCGCGAUUGUUGGUAAUUCCGGCCAUGCGGCCGGAUCGCUAUCACCCGUCAGGGGCACCAGAUCUAUCUCGACAGGCGGAGUGAGCCCGCCGCCUAGAUUACCGCUGAGGCCGAUGGCCAUCUCUACCAUGUCCUCUACUGUGGUUAGUAGUGAAGCCAGAGGUGGUGGCGUUGGGCCGAUCGGGGUUGCGAUGACGGGAGGGCCGGGAAGAACAAGCAACUCUGCGGCCGUGUCAACGUUGCACGAGGAAGACGGCGGAUUGUUCUGA